UAAGUAUUAGAAAACAAGAUGGAAUUUAGAGAAUCGGGCCCAUGACAAGUUAAACGCACAGGAAAACUUACAUGAACGACAGACAUGGAAAGUAAAAAUGAUGGGAAAUCUACAACUACUGAUUCGUCUAGAGCCAGUGAUACAGGGCAACUCAUGCUAAAUAGACGAGCAAAAGGGAAUGUGGCGAUGUUAUCAGAUGGCACGACUUCGAAUAAAGAAUUGAAGCAAAGUCAACUGCGUUUGGAAGAAUUUCAGGAAGGAGCAGUUGGCGAAGAAAAGGGUGCCACUGAUAAUGAAUUGUCAUCGGAAGAAAAUAAUGACCAGAAUAAAAUUUCUACUGGUACAUUGAAUCUUGCAUGUGAGAAUCAAGGACAAGUUAAGCUACAGAAAACAAAUGAAGAUCUUGCGGCUGAAAAAGAUCUUGGAGGCAAACAAAACAAGGAUCCAACAUCUCUACCCAUGGAUCAGGAAGUUUUUGAAAAUAUAUCUCAGAAAAGCUUCUUUAAAACACAAGGGAGUAUGACAAAAGAAGAUGAAGAAAACGGAGAGAAAUAUACUGCAAACGUUGUCUUCAACAACAAUUUGGACAAGAAACCAAUGGAUGAAACGGAAGACGCGGAAAUCACAAAAAUUUUCUUUCGGUUUAGAUCUGGAAAAGAAAAAUCUUACAACAAACAUUUAAGCAACAUUCACGAUUUAAGUAAAUGGAAUAUUUUGCUGACACAGAAGGAAUCUAAGAACAUUUUAGGAAAGCAGUUAGAAGAAAUGCAAAGUGAAAUACAUGUUGCAAAAAGAAAGGAAGCUCCUUUUGCUUUUGAUAUUUGCUCAGAGAGUCAUGAACAUGAUUUUAAUCAAUGGGUAGAAAAUUGUUUGCAUUUGAUGACUGAAUCCUUUAAUGCUACAGAAUUACUUUUUAUUAGUGGAUCAUAUGGUGAAGUGCAACACCUUUCAAAAAAGAUUAAAGCAUCAAUUGAGGUAAAUGAUGGUUCCGUGUCAGUAGCUGAAUCGAAAGAUGUGUGUGGACUGUUCCUGUUAGGUAGAGGAGAACAUAUUAUAGACUUGUUAUCAGACCUACAAAUACACACCAAAGAUGUCAAGGUUUGGAAUCCGUAUAGUAGAGAAGACAUUUCUUAUUAUGUUUUUCAUUUGAAUACAUUUCAAUUGCGCCUGAUAAGUAUGUUAAAUGGGAUAAAGAGGGCAAAGGAAAAACAUCCAAAUGUGAAGAUUUAUAUCAGAAGAGAAAAAGUCAUGAUGAUAGGACAAACCGAGGGGUGCACUGCUGCCAAUGAUUAUAUGAAAACGAAUGCGUGGUUGACAGAUAUUGAGCAUGAAGAGUUCACUGCAAUGCAAGAGUUUCACUUCUUUUUAAAAAGAGAAGGCGUGCAAAAAUAUAUCGACAGUAAAAUUAACUCUAUAAAAGGUUCUUGGGCAGUUGUUGAACAUUCAGAUUCAAAUAACACUGAAAUGGUUAUGAUAUAUGGAAAGACAAAAUCUGAUAUGCAAAGAAUUGAACAUAUUUUGCAGUCUUCUGUUAUGAAGAGACAAUGUAUAAAUAUGAAUUCCGCGGGAGUAAAGAAGAACACAGAGAAAUGGCAAGAGUGUGUGAGGAACUUAGAAGACAAAUUUGAAGGCAAAAUCCAUAUGCAAAUUGACAAACCUUGUGACAAGUAUGUUGCAACACUUGUCUUUACCUCUGAUCUUCAAGAAGACGAAAAACUACGGAUGCUUCUUAAUGACAUUGAACAGCAAGUUCCACAAAAAGACACUGUGCCUAUGGAUCCAAAAAAUUUAACAUGGCUUCAGAAGUACUACCUAGAAGAUAUACAAACCGAAGCAGUGAAUAAUGACGUAGAACUAAAAUGUGAAGAGGAACAAGGCUUUGAAAUAACAGGCAUCUCUUCAGCAUUGACUGAUAUUAAAAAGUUUAUUGGUUCAAUAUGUAUGGAAGAGCAAGAUAUAUUACUGCCUUUGAAUGGUUUACCGUCUGAAGUAUGUUCUUUCUUAAAUAUAAAGAAAUGCUGCUAUGAUCACUUUCAGGUUGAGGAUUCAAAAUGUUGGAGAAUCGGAAAAACGGCAUUCAUUGUCCACAAAGGCAAGAAGAAAACAGAUAAACUUUUUGUGGAUGUAAAGGUCCAGUCAAUACAGUCUGAAGAUGAAGAUUUUGAAAGCAAUAUUAAAUGGAGUGAUGAUACAACUGUUUUUCUAAACAUCCCAUUGUGGCAAGGUGGAGACCGAAAAGAGGAGCAACGAGUUAAUAUUGCUUUGGAAUUGCUAUUUUCCGAUAUGGUAGAGAGUAAGAAGAAAUCUGUCAUGCUUGAAUCGGAAGGUCUGAAUUCAUGGCCGAUGGAAAACUUUGCAACAUGCCUCUUACAUGUAGUUCAUGCAACUAUAUCUUUUGAAAGCUUGAUUGUAAUCAUGGCCAGCGAGGAUGAAGCAGAAUAUAAUUCUAUUGCUCGAUGCAUAGAAGGAGUUUCCAAUAGUUUGAAAGGUCUGCAAGAUAGAAAUAUUGAGCUUCAAGUGAUCAGUGGGAAAAUAGCAGAAUUACAAGAGAAGGUUGAUGUGAUAGUGAAUACAACUUCACUAAAUUUAGAUCUUACGAGCGGACCAGUCUCAAUUUCAAUACUUGAAGCUGCUGGCGAUGAACUGAAAAAAGAGAUGGAUGAAAUACCUGCCAUUGACAAAAGUGGUCAAAGGGUGAAUAAAAUCGAGUAUGGAGAGGUUCUCGUGACUUCUGCAUACGGGAUGAAUUGUGAAAGGCUUUUUCAUGGGGCACUUUUCCCAUGGAAUGACGGAAAAGACACGUCCUUAGAAGUUCUUCAACAUUUUAUAAGAAAUUGCAUUACUAAAGCAGAUGAGAUGAAGUUAAAAAUCAUUGCAUUUCCUGCUAUUGGCACUGGGCAACUAAAGAUUCCUGCAGAUGUAGUUGCAUCCUGUAUGAAAAAAAUAGGUGAUGAAUAUGUUCGAUUACACCCAAAGACGUCUGUGCAAAAAAUCUUGAUCGUCAUUUACAAAACAGAUGAAGAUAUCUUCAAGGUAUUUAAAACUAUACUGGAGCCUGACGAAGAUAAAACAGGGAAAGAUACGGCAAUCGUCCUCCAAAGAUUUUCCGUCCGUGGAGAAAAAGAUAAUGUUAUCACGGUAAUGCAGUUACUGCAGGGACUGUUUUGUAAGCACAUUCAGGAAAAAUAUGAAUCAGAUAAGACGCCAAAGGACUAUGAACAGCCAUCUACCUCUCCGCAAGAAAGUGAUGAAGGUAGAGAAGACUCGACAGAUAUACCUGCUGUUGUAACCUCGGAUAAGGAAAAUAAAUCUCUCUCCAUUGAGGAUCAACAUUAUCUUUUAUUGACAAGCACCAAAGGAACUAUUCUCACCAUGGAAAAGGUGGAACCCAUUUUGAAAGAUGUUGAAUGCGAUAAUAUCAUUUGUCCCUUUUUAGAAGAUGUGUGUGCACUACUUAGAUUCAGAUCUGUGGAAGAUGCAGAAAAAUUCCUCAAGGAAUUUUCGAUGGAAGAUUUUGUUUUGAAAAAGUUUCCAAUGCAGGCAGUAACUAAUAUUAAGGCGAAACUUAGUUCAAAAGUAACUGGUAUUUUACAACAAACUGGUAUUACAAGUCAUGAAUUUCAAAAGAAAACAGGAGCCUACCUGUGCACAGAAUCAUGGACCGUUGAAGGGAACCUGUUGAUGGUAAAAAAUGUGGAACGCUGCUUAAAGGAGAUGAUAAAAAGCGAACGAGAAGUUCCUUCUCACUCUAUCAAAGAAAAACGUCAAGAUGAAGACAUUCCAAGAACUCUUGACGAAAUGCCUAAAAAGUACACUGUAAAAUGUACUGAAUUUCAAAAGAGAGCACUGGAAGAACUAUUUCCAGAUUUGCCAUUUCAAAAAGUGAAUUUUUACAAUGACGUUAUAUCAGGUACAGAAAAUACCGUCAAACUCUUCGAAAAAGCUCUUCAUGAGCUAACAAUGCAGGAAAUUACACAAGUAACUAGUAAAGAUUUCAAACUUUUCGAAAGUGAGAAGAAAAAAGAUGCUGUUUCAGUUUCCUUCGCGAAAGAAACAAACACUGUGGUGAUGUUUUCAAGGGUUCCUGAAAUCCUGCAAAGCUGCUUGUCGGAUUUUAAGAAAUUACAAUUAAGCUCAAUAGAAAUUCCUGUUGCCGAAUUCGAAGUUAUUGUUUAUUUUGAGAAAUUGUUGCAUAAAAACUUUACUGAAACAGAUGGGAAAGUAUUUAUUUCGGGUCCUGGAUCACUGAUAGAGCAAUAUAAAUAUGCACUGAAUAAUGUUAGGCAUUAUACUAAAGAGUAUGUUACAGUAAGUGAUUACGCCAAGUACGAAGCAACUCUUUUUGUCUCAAAACUUUCCAGUGAAAAUGGUGAUGUUUUUGUUAGAAUUACUGGCAACACUAUAUUUAUCACGGGACCACGUGCAGAAUCUGUCAAAAAGGUAAAAUAUGAAGCAGAAAGACUAGCUAAACAAAAUGUAAGAAACCAAGCUGGAAAAAGAGGUAGUAAUUCAACAGACGUCAGCAGAAAUUCGAAAGGGGGUUUACCAGAGUACCCUUCCCAGCCUGUUUCCCCUAAAACAUCUGAUAUUGUCUUUGAUGAAAGAGGUGUAAAAGUGUAUGUCUUCAAAGCAAACAUAACUCAUGUAAAUGCAGAUGCAAUUGUGAAUCCCUUAAACAAAACACUUCAUUCUCACGGAGGACUGUCUUCUUUCAUCUUCAGAGAAGCUGGACAAUCAGUGAGAAGCCAAUGUUCCGAGUUUAUCAAACAUCAAAAGGAAGGAACACUUCCUAUUGGAAAGACUUUUGUCACUGGAGCAGGAAAGUUACAAUUUUGUCAAAAAAUUGUUCAUGUGAAUGUACCAGUAUGGGAGAGUUAUGCUAAAUCAGAAAACCCAUGCGAUGACUGCAUGUCUGAUAUUAUAUCUACUGUCCAAGCAUGUUUAUCCCAGGUCGACGAUGUUUAUGCAAUUGCAAUACCUGCCAUCAGUGCAGGCGCCUUAAGUGCAGUGCCACUUACAGUCUGCUGCAUGGCUUAUGCCAAAGCCGUGAAUUCAUUCGUUGUUACUAAGUCAACGAAAAGUAAAUUGAAGGAGAUAUACUUUGUUGAUACCGACCAAGCAAAACUUCAAGGCAUUAAAAAUUCAUUGUUACAUAAACAACACUGGGUUUACCAUAAGGCAGGGAAUGAAAAGGAUUUUUAUCUGGAUUCAGGAUUAGUUGUGAAAAUAUUUUCUGGAGAAAUCAUUCUCUUGGAAGCUGGUGGACUAGUAAUUGAACAAGACAGAGAUAUGAGAAGUAAAAGAGGAGUUGCAGAAUACCUAACGCAGUGCAAAUCUGAUAAAUAUAAAAAUGAAAUGGGGAAUUUUAGAGGAAAAUACUGGACUAUCAGCAAUGUCAGAAGUACAUGUGCUCCGGAAACACUUCCAAAUAUCAAAGAAAUUCUGCACGUUUUUACUCCAGAGUGGUCUAUUAUGAAAGAUACUGAUCCAGAAAUGAAAAUCAUGGAAGAAUUAGAAGUAUGUAUCAAAAAGAUAUUCAAGAUGGCCAACGAUCAUAAACUGAAGACCUUACUUAUUCCAUUAUUUGGGAGAGAAAUUGAUGAUAAAACCAGGAGGAGAAAAAUAUUUCAAUGCACAGCAAAUGCAGUUGUGAAAUGUGGAACUGAGAAGACAAAUUCUAUUCAAAAAAUUUCUCUGGUGGAUAACGAUGAUGUUAUUAUUGCCCACAUGAUUGCUAAUUUUAGCGAAGUUUUAUCCAAAGAUGCAGAGAAAAGAAAUAAACUGCAGUUGAUCAAUGUCGCAAGAUCAUAUACGUAAAAUUAUUGUGAGCACAAUUUAUGUCAAAUCCUUAAUUUUCGUGUGGGUUUGAUUUGCGUUGUUUUGAGGUAUAGGGAGACCCACGAAUUUAUAACAUCACGAAAUGUAUAAAAAUUUAAUAUGCAAUGCUGUCAAAAAUUUCAGCCACGAAAUCAAGUCUUCAUUAACCAACAUUUUAUUAUCAAACCUUGAAAAUUUGCCCUCAUAAAAUGUGUGAUUUUACAGCAUUUGUAAUGUUUUAAUCAAAAUUCAAACUUAAACUCUUCAGUAAUGAAAUCUAAUCUAUUGAUAUAAU